GACAAUAAUGCGGUUUGUGCGGUUGCUGCUUCACUCUUUUUCCCUCCUCUGAGACACCUACUCGAUUGCUUCGUGAAGACCUCGUAUUUUGCAGUAAGCCUUUUUUCUUCUCUCUCUUGUCGCAUCUUUUCAGAGUCUCUUUGCGUCAGAGAUGAACUUUGAGAGCUUUCUCCAGAGCGAGACACUGCGGCCGUUGAGCGCCGUCUACAGCCGCGCCCUUCUUGACUGUUCUGAGACCGCCUCUGUCAUUGCGCGGCUGCCACCGCCAAAGAUUGCCUUGAUCUACCACGCUGCGUUGAUGCGCACCACUGCCAUUGCGGAGGAUGGAGCGCAGCCGCUGACGGCCGAGCACCUGAGCGCGCGUAUCGUGUCCGCGUACGGUCUCACCAACACGGAUCGCCAACAGGCCGACUCGGCGACGACGAAGCGACAACCCCACACGUCCGCUGAAAGUGCCAGGGACGCAGCAGCGGCUCGUCAGUUUCUUCCAACUCUUUUCCCUCCUCUUCCACCGCCUCCUCUGUGCUGCCGCGACGCGCAUGGCGGAGAUGCGUUUCGGCACCUCGAACGCGUCACGGCGCAGCGCGAAGCGGCACUGCAGCAGUCAGUGGUGGAGUCGCUGAUGAGGAUGCGCGCGGCGACUUCAAACCGCGCGCGAGCUCUGUUGCCCGAGACAUGA